CGGUCCUGCGGAGGAGUAUUUCGUCAACUUCUUUCCUUUGACAGCUUUGACAAGUUAAUUAUGGCCCUGGCCAUUUAAGUACGGAUACAAAGUCUUCAUGAUAUAGCAAAUGUUGAAGAAUGAGCCCAACGUUGAGCGGCACAUCACAUCCCAUCAGCCAGAUGUCAGGGCCGCGACUCCUUGAUCACCACCCGUGCCGUCUACUUUACUGCGUUGCUCGGCUCCUCAACCUCCCUAACCAGGGUAUCCCUUUCAACAACCGCCAUAGCAAGCAUCUCUCGCGCUCUUCCUCUUUGGCCGUAAUAGUGUUCGCUCUCGUGCGUCUUGUUGUCCGUCUGAUUGUCCUUGUUCUGGGUGCGGGUUCUGAGCUGAUGGUUGUGAUGACCGUCUCAAGUUUUGGCGACAGAUGGGACCUCAUAUUCCAGCAGUAUCAUGUAGGGCCUAAGAGCAGCGGAUCAAGGUUAAAUAACCAUGCAAUUAUAUCAUAUGCUACACAACAAAGACCAUCAUCCAAUUCGGCAAGGCUGUCUGAUCACAGCCAUGUACCGCAUUCCUGUAUUUCCUCCACUGUACAUUGGUGCAAUAUUCUGUGGCGAUGCACUGAUGAGAUCGUCGUAUGCAUGUAUAGAUGUGUAGACGACCGGAUGUGAUGACGGGUAUAAUCUAGAAGAUGAUAAGUCGUAAAUUCGUUAAAUACCCCUUCGUACGGACCCUGAACGCUGUGAGAAACUGAGGACCAGUAACCCCUAGAACGCCUACCCACCGGACAAAGUGCCGGUAGGAGGCACCCCGCCCCUUGCAAUGAGAUAUUACAUCUAGAACAGAACCCAAGAAAGGGGGGAAAAGAGGGGAAAAAAGGGAGAAAAAAGGGAAACAAAAAGGAAUAAUAGAUAUAAGAGGCCGUCAAAUAGUCGGUUAGUCCGCAGAGGGUGCAGCAGGGGUGGUGCUCUUGGCCGGACGAGGAAUUAGUGCGUACCCCGG